UCUACAUAGACAACAAUGACGUUCAAGUGCAGUGGGCCUGGAGUCCUGAGGGUGGGGCAAGCAGAAGGAGCUGGAGCAUUGGGGACCCUCAGGAGCACAGACCGAAUUUCCAAACCUGCCUCCAGAACCUGCUCCACCUCUACAGCCAGAGUCAGAGCGGCUCCUGUAGUGAGGAAAAUGUCUUAUUCUUCCUGGCUCAAGCUGUUGGCGAGCGCCAUAGUCCUGGUCCAGACACAGGCUAUGUCUCCCCAGCCUUCACCCGGGACCCUGGGCCCAGAAGGAGGUUCGGCGUCUCACUGCUGCCCUGACACAAGCUUACACUCGUUGCGGUAUUUCCACACCAUCGUGUCCCGGCCCGGCCUCGGGGAGCCCAGAUUCAUCGCGGUCGGCUACGUGGACGACACGCAGUUCGUGCGCUACGACAGCGACGCGGAGACUCCAAGGAUGGAGCCGCGGGCGCCGUGGGUGGAGCAGGAGGGGCAGAAAUAUUGGGAGAAGGAGACAAAGAAAGCCAGGAACACAGGAAAGCACUUCAAACUGAAUCUCCAGACCCUGCUUGGCUACUACAAUCAGAGUGCCGACGAACCUCACACUCUGCAGUGGAUGUAUGGCUGUGACGUGGGUCCAGAUGGGCACCUGCUCCGCGGGUACUGUCAGGAGGCCUACGAUGGCCGGGAUUAUAUCUCCCUGAACGAGGACCUGAAAUCCUGGACCGCAACUGAUGCGGCCUCUCAGAUCUCUAAACUCAAGUCAGAGAACGUGAACGAGGCCGACCACCAGAGAGCUUACCUGCAGGGCCCCUGCAUAGACUGGCUCCAGAGAUACCUGCAGUUGGGGAACGCGACCCUGCUGCGCUCAGACCCCCCAAAGGCACAUGUGACCCAUCAUACUAGAUCUAAAGGUGAAGUCACCCUGAGGUGCUGGGCCCUGGGCUUCUACCCUGCUGACAUCACCCUGACCUGGCAGAGGGAGGAGGAGGAACAGACUCAGGACAUGGAGCUGGUGGAGACCAGACCUUCUGGGGAUGGAACCUUCCAGAAGUGGGCAUCUCUGGUGGUGCCUUCUGGAGAGGAGCACAAAUACACUUGCCAUGUGCACCAUGAGGGGCUGCCUGAGCCCCUCACCCUGAAAUGGGAGCCUCCUCAGUCCACGGUCCCCAUCAUGGCAGUCAUUGCUGGUCUGGUUCUCCUUGGAGCUUUGACCAUCAUUGUAGCUGUGGUGGCUGUUGUGAGGAAGAGGAGGAGAAACACAGGUGGAAAAGGAGGGAACUAUGCUCCAGCUCCAAGCAGGGACAGUUCUCAGAGCUCCGAUGUGUCUCUCCCAGACUAUAAGUGUGAAGACAGCUGCCUGAUGUGGAUGGAGUGACAGACGAUGUGUUCAAGUCUCUCCUGUGACAUCCAGGGCCCCCCAGUUCACUCUCAACAAUAGUGUGUAAUGGUCCCUAGGGGCUCAAUGUGAAGAACUGGGGAGCCCAGCCCAGCCCUGCACACCUGACCCUGUCCCUGCACUGCCCUGUUCCCUUCCACAGCCAACCUUCCUGUUCUGCAGACAGGAGGGGACAUCGCCACCCUGUCUUCUCCAUGUUGCUCUGAGCUACAGCCUCUGAC